AUGGAGUUCAUUAAUAGGAAAACUACUGUUCGAGGAGUUGGCUCAGAUCGCAACUCGAGAUCACGGAUCGCAGUUUGGAUUCUGGAGAAUUUUCUUGGGCAGAUCAGAACGAAAUAUCCCUUGGAGCAUCUAGCAGCAUUCUAUAUGGAGUGGUUCACUAACUUACCACCUGGAAGCAUUGAAUCGCACGAACAACUUGUGCAGAAAUUUUCAUUCCACUUCGCCAGCAAGAGGAAACAGAAGCGAUUGGCGACACACCUUUUCACCAUAAGACAACAAGACAAUGAGGCCUUGAAGAGCUUUAUGGGAUGUUUUAACAAUGAGACACGGGAAGUACCAGACUUAAGGAUCGAUAUGAUGGUUAGUAUCCUAAUUCACGGGCUGAAGAAGGGUGCAUUUGAUUCUGCAUUGGCUCGAGACCCCCCAUCUGAUGUUGAGCAGCUGAUGAGUAUGGCGCAAAAGUGUAUAGGUGAGGAGGAAAUGAAUGCCAUGAAAGAUGGCGAAUGGAGGAUCGAGCAUGGUAGAGAUCGAGGAUGUUAUCAUAAGGAUAACAGACGACCAAAACAUGAACGGAACAAGGAGCCCCAUUACCAACAAAAGUAUCACAUGUACACGCCCCUCAACACAAUGAGAGCAAAAGCGUUGCUUAUGGUUGAAAGAAAAGACGUGCUCAGAUGGCCAAAACCCACAAGGGUCACUCCCGGCAAGAAGUAUUCGAGCAAGUACUACAGAUUCCACCGUGAGCGAGGCCAUGAUACCGAGGAAUGCUACCAACUUAAACACGAGAUCGAACGGUUGGUUCGUCAGGGAUACUUCAAGAAUCAAAUAUCGAAGAAUUACCAACACCGAGGCCAUCAUAGCCGAUCUCGAAGUCAGGAGAGGCGAGCAGAAAACGGGAUCGUUGCAGGACAGAACUCUCGGGAGAAUGCGCCUGUGAAAGGCGUUAUACACACAAUAGCGGGAGGAUCAAAUACAGGAUAUUCGAGGAGAGCAAGAAAAAGAAUUGAAUGA